AUAAUAGCAUUAGUAUAGAGUAUAAAUAAUCGGCGUCAUUUUGAUCAAAGCUCACUAUCAACAUGUUCGCCUGCGAAGAGAAAAUCGCAUUUGUGACGGGUGCGCUGGGAGUUAUCGGGCGGGCGUACACGAAACAUCUUUUGCAAAACAAAGUUAAGGGCGUAGCUCUUAUUGACGUGCAAGAAAACGACGUCGCAUAUCAGCAACAACUGAAUGAAACAUAUGGAAGUAAUAAAUGUAUUUACAUCAAAACUGAUGUAACAAAUACAUCUGAAUUAAGAGAGGCAUUUGAGAAGACAGUGCAGCACUUUAAGCAACUUGAUAUUGUCAUAAACAAUGCGGGGAUUAUAAAUGAAAAGAAUUACGCAUUAUGUCUUCAGUUAAACUUUAUGGCAACAUUUAAUGGUUCAAUGAUGGCUCUUCGUGAAUAUCUACCAAAAUAUAAAAAAGGUUCCGGUGUGAUUGUAAAUACAUCUUCAAUUGCUGGUGUGGUGCCAUACAAACUUCCCAUUUACAGUAUAAGCAAACACGCAGUCGCCUCAAUUGGAAUUUGUUUCAAAAAUGAGGACGAAUGUUUGAAGCAAGAUAUUAGAGUGCUGACAAUUUGUCCAGGGCCCACCCCGAGUCCGGUGUUAACAGAAGCCCUGGACAUUUUCUCAACGGAAGCUAAAUCUUCGAAAGAGAUCAACAUUGCUGCUUCUACCGAUGCUGAAUAUCUGGGUGAAGGAUUAAUUCAAAUCAUGAAGGAAGGUACCAAUGGUGCUGUGUGGAUGUUCAUGACCGGAAAAGAGCCACAUGAGAUGGAUUACAGUGCAGUUUUCGAUGUUGCUUGGGAUUAUAUUCUAAAGAACUUGAAAGCUGUAGUCACAAUGUUACAAGUUAAAGGAAAAGUCGUUUUGGUGUUUGGUGGAAAUGGAGGUAUUGGAAAAUGUACUGUCCUGGAAUUACUAGAACAUGGAGUUAAGGGUAUAGUUAUUGCAGAUUUGAACGAUAACAUGAACUAUCUUGAAGGAGUGAAAGAGUACGAUCCAAUCCAAUUCAAUAAGGUUGAAUUUUUGAUGACUGAUGUUACAAAUCUAGCACAUAUUAAAAGUGUCUUUGAGAUUGCUUUGUCCAUAUUUGGCGCCGUAGACAUUGUCAUAAAUUGUGCUGCUGUGGUUAGCGAAAACAAUUACGGCAAGAAUAUCACAAUUAAUUUGAUUGGAACAAUGCAUAUCGUAAAUGAAGCAUGCAAAUAUCUCCCAAGAUACAAAUCAUCAAAGUCUGAAGAAGCAGUAAUAGUAAACAUGGCAUCAGUAGCAGGACUAGUGCCCCUCACUAAUUUCCCUGUGUACAGCGCAUCAAAAGCAGGCGUUAUUUCAUACAGUUAUGAGAUGGCCAAAAUAAAGGAUAUGGAAGGUGAUUUCGAAGUGAAAAUAAUAACACUGUGUCCGGCUGCCACCGAAACACCAAUGCUUAACGUCGGAAGAAGUUUAUGCGAAACCACCACUGGCCAAAUACAGAAUAAUAUGAUUCAAAUAUUCAAAACCACCCCGGCUCAAAAACCGGAAUCAGUCGCAAAAUGCAUUCUUCACAUCAUCGCACACGGAGAGAACGGGUCCUGUUGGCUGUCAAAGAACGACGAAGACGCCAAACUAAUCGAUUACGACGCAAUAUUGACGUUGGCAAGCAGCAUGUUGGACGAUUAGCUUCUUUCAUCGUUACCCGAGAUGUUACGCAUGCAUAAAAACACUGCGUAUACCCAGCAAAUUGUUUAUACUUCCAGCAAUAUCGCGUCAAUGUCACGCGAGGCACCCGAAUGUCUACCAAACGCGCAAAAUUUAUAAUUUUACGACAUGUCGUUUAAUAUAGCAAUAUCAAUAUAAAUACCAAUACCAAGAUGUCCACUUGCAAUAAAAGUGUAGUAACUGAGCAUAAAAAACGUGAUAAGUGUAUCGUUUAAUUGGCGAACGAUAAAUUGCGCCGAUAUAACGUACAUUUAUUGGCAUUCAAACGGCUCGGCACGAGAUAGCAAAAGAAAAUAAAUAAAUAAUUAUUUCAACUGUUUAACAACAUGCCGCCGCUGAUAGGAGAUGUCGUAGUUCAAUGUUCUUUGUUCAUGCGAUUAUACAAAAACUGGAAAAAAGCGCUACACGUUUUUUUUCGCAAAUUCUAUUGCUCAAAAUUUAGGUUGCGCUAAAUUUAAUUGGAACAAUCGUGGUUAUUAUUGAAUUUUCGAGUUUCGCCUUGAAUCGAUAAGGACGAAAACUCAUCAUGAAUUAAUUUGCUCACAUUGUUUGUUGUCCUAUUGUCCUAUAUUCCUAUAUUUGGAACAGCAGCAUCCUGCCAACCUUUGGAUUACAGCGUAACCAUGCAGACACCAAAUGACAGAUGACAGAUGAGCGCUUUGUGCAGUGUGCACCAUUCUAUUCAUUGAUAACUCUUAAAAUAAGAAUAAAACUUUCCUAAAGAUAA